AUGAUAUUUGCUGGUAUUCUAAUAUAUGUAUUUGGUUCAAUUGGAAAUAUUUUAAAUAUUUGUGUUUUUACAAAAUGGUGUCGUUCAAAAAAAAAAUCAAAAUAUUCUCAUUGUUGUCGUACAAGUAAUAGUUCAUUAUAUUUACUUGGUUCUUCAAUAUCAAAUUUAAUUGUAAUUAUUUAUCCAUUAUUAACUAGAAUUUUACUUGAUGGUUAUGAAUAUCAUAUUAAAGAAAGUAAUGCAUUUCUUAUAUGUAAAUUACGCUAUUAUAUAUUACAUACAUUUGAUUUAACAUCGUUAACAUGUGUUUGUUUAGCUACAUUCGAUCGAUAUUUAAUAUCAUCACGAGAAGUUCGUCUUAGAAAAUUAAUAACAACAAGAAAACGAGCAAAAUCUAUUAUAUUAUUAACUAUCUGUUUAUUUGGUUUACAUGAUAUUCCAAUAAUAAAAUAUUAUGGUGUUUCAACAACAGGAAUUUGUACUAUUGUAUCAAGAAUUUAUUUAUAUUAUUAUUUAUAUAUAUUUCAAAUAUUUCUUCAUGGUAUAAUACCAAUUAUAUUUCUUUCUGUAUUUGGUAUUUUAACAUUAAAACAAUUACGAAUAAUAAGUCGAAGAAAAAAUCAUUAUGGAAUGAUAAAUAGUGAUAAACAAUUAUCUCGUAUGCUUUUAUUAUUAUCAUUAGCAAUUAUAUUAUCAUCAAUUCCAUAUUGUAUUGAACAAACAUAUUAUGUUUUAUUUAAUGGAAAUAAUCGUAAACAUACAUCAUAUUUUUUUCUUUAUCAUAUUGCAUGUUCAAUAUUAUUUUAUACAAAUCCAGUAUCUAGUUUUUAUAUAUAUUAUAUAUCAACAAGAAGUUUUCGUAUACAAGUACAUAAAAUUCUUUUUUCAAGAAAAAAUCUUGAUUUAGUUGUUUUUUAUCAAAUUAAACCAAUAACAACUACAACAAUAAGUUUACGUGAAUCUAUUGUAUAA